CGAAAUCUGGGAGCUGUUUGGUGCUGCUAACUUUUAUUUGAGAUAUUAAAGCAAAUGGUUUAGUGACAGUGGCAGAGGUUCAGUGUUUGUGAAGGUUGACUGGCUCAUCUUGAGGUUAACUGUCUGUAACUGCUGCCAACAACAGUUCAGUUGAUGAUUCAUUCACUUAGCAAUUUGCAAAUCAGCUGGGUUGUUUGACAGGAUGCCAGGUUUAGUUAAUGGUUCAGUUGUGGACAACCAUGACCAAGCCAUGACUGAAGCUCUGGAGCAGUUCUGCAACUCCCCGGAGCAAACGUACGAGCAGUUCCUGUCCACCUUCACGUCACUGACCCCAGAGAUUGUGAGGGAUCUGCGUUUGACUGCUCCUAGAGGACAUGGAGACUCGUCCGACAGAGAGAUGGACAGCAGCCGAGAGCAACGAAGAGAGGAUGGAGUGACAGAGAUGGAGGAGAGCGUAUACCGAAGGAUGGGACAGGCGAAUCGCUGCUCACCGACUGCUGAUCAGGAAGAGGUGCUGUUGGAUGGCGGUUGUGUUGGAGGAAGACUAGGCGGCCUAUCAAGCUCUGCUCCAGACAGACCUGCGAAGUUUGAUAAUUAUCUGGGAGAUUCAGAGGACGAAGAGGAAAAAGUUGACGCUACAGGUACAUGUGCACUACCAGGUGAGAUUGAAGAUCUGAAAGCUGUCUCCUCUUCAUCGCUCUGUCACCACACACUGCUGGAGAUCUCCUCUACUUUCACAGACCAGCAGACACACACUCACAGUGCCGCUGAGAAUCAGGAUGAAAGUGAGGAGGUCGUUCCUUUCCAUCUGGACGAGGACUUUGAUUACGAUAACGUUGUGCUGUCUCAAAAAUACGUGAUCCAGGAACAGAACGGCAGACCAUCUUGAGCUAUAAAUGAACUUGUGAACUACAGAGUAAAGUCCUUGUUAAGACGAUCAGAAAUGUUUUUAGUCCACCAAAGAACUAGAAGGAAGACUUUUUUGAGUGUACCUCUCAGUAAACUAAUGUUGGCGUCACUGUCCUCAAAGACAUGAUCAAAUUUACUGUAAUACACUUAGUCUAAUUUUAAAUUUUAUCAGCUGCAAUUAGAUGACCAGUACCAACUAGAAACUAUAAAAUCAGCAUGAAGUGGUGUCCAUUUUUUUUUUUCCAUAAAAUGACUUAUACUUCUGAGUGAAGACAAAAUUGCUUUGAUGAAUCCUUCGUAAGACCAGCAGCAUGUUUUUCAAAAAGUAAAUAGUCAAUUUAAAUUUAUUUUUAGUUUAAAAGCACUUUGCAUAAACAAACCAUAUGAUGUGUAGUCAUAUUGUAGUCUGAAUCAAAUGUCAUUAUGAUUAUUAUUGUUGUUAUUAUUAUUUUACAACUUGCUAGGCGCAGACGCUUUCAUUUUCUGACUCAACAGCUCAAAUAGGCGACCUGUGGUGUAACACUUUUUCCUGAUGUACUUGGAAAAGUAAUUAAUUGCUCGUUCUGUCUAACUGCGUUUUAUUCACUGGAACAAAACGCUCAGGGACGUUCUUUCUGUUCUCCGUACAAACCUCAUAACUUGAAUAAAAGCCUACAACAUGUUGGUCUUUGAAAAGAA